ACAAUGACACCACAUAUUGGUACAGGACUCUAGUUUAAAUAUCUCCUUUUGCACCUCAAAAAUUAAUUGUAUCAUCACUAAUACACUAUACACCAUAUCUUAUACAUCACCAUGGACUCCGGUGACAAUGAGGUUGUAGUUGAUUUCCCUCAAAUCAUCCGUGUCUACAAAAGCGGCCGCGUUGAGCGUUUAUUCGGUUCAUCUACCGUUCCUCCGUCAGCAGAAGAUCCUACCACUGGCGUCUCCUCAGAGGACAUAGACAUUUCACCUGAAAUCAAAGCCAGAAUCUACCUCCCAAAGCUUACGAACCUCCACCAAAAACUUCCUAUUUUAGUCUACUAUCAUGGAGGUGCAUUCUGUCUUGAAUCCGCCUUCUCUUUCCUUGACCAUCGUUACAUGAACUGCCUUGUUUCAGAAUCCAACGCUAUUGUCAUUUCGGUGGAGUACCGUCUUGCACCCGAAUAUCCUCUUCCUAUAGGGUACGAGGAUUCAUGGGCCGCACUUCAAUGGGUGGGAUCACAUGUUGUCAACGAACCAGGCUUCGAGAAGGAACCCUGGUUAGUUAACCAUGCUGAUUUUACUAAGGUGUUCAUUGGUGGUGACAGUGCUGGAGGUAACAUAGUUUAUAAUAUAUCACUCAGAGCUGGAACUGAAAACCUAAAUGGAGGAAUCAAGAUCUUGGGCUGCCUACUUUGUUUUCCCUACUUUUUAACAUCGAAAGAUUUUGAGGAAGAUAGUAUACCUAGUAAACUAUGGAUGUUUGUUAAUCCGUCAGCUGAAAAUGGAAUUGAUGAUCCAAGAAUUAAUCCGUUUGUUGAGAAAGAUAGAUUAUCAUUAUUGAGUUGUUCGAAGAUUUUGGUGUGUGUUGCAGAGAACGAUGUCUUGAGAAAUUUGGGGAUACAAUACGUUGAAGCUGUGAAAGAAAGUGGAUGGGAUGGGGUAAUUGAAUUGAUUGAUGUUGAAGGUGAAGACCAUUGCUUUCAGUUUUUUGAUACUGAGACUGAAAAUGCUAGAAAUUUGAUAAAGGGAAUGGCAAACUUUAUCAAACAAAGUUGCAUUUGAUUUUUUUUUUCUUUCAUAUUUGAUAUUUGUAUUGAAAUUUGACUAAUUCGAAUUUGUCAUCGCGUGAAGUAUACUGUAUGCAUUGUUUUUACUCUCCAAUUGGGAUGAUGAAUUACGUUUUCUUGGCUAUGGCUAUUCUGGGAAAUGUUAAGAAGAUCAUCGUGUCGACCUUUUCUUUU